AUGGAUAAGAAGAAAGGAGUUGAGGACGUAGAGAAGCGCCACAGACACACAAAUCGUCAAUAUCAGAACUAUCCUCAAACCCUGUUUAUUUUUCUUGGAAAAUAUAGUACAGGCUCUUCAAUGAAUGAGUUUUGGCAAACCACAAAAUGGGUUCAAAGAGAGCAAAGGUAA